GACACAAUCCUCAAGGGAUGUGAGGCUACUUAUAAAAAGGCCACUUACAAAAAGUCAGCCAGCUGAUGACUGAAAAGUAUAGCCACCAAAGGAAAGACACCAAAGCAGGGGAAUCUAGGAAAGAUGGGUGGGGGGCAAGGACAGACACCUCUGACCGUGAGAAUCAAUGUGGUUAAGAUGAGAGUUAGGAGCUGAGCUUCCCAGCAGCCCCUGCAGAGAAGGGAACCGGCAUUAGCCAUGUCACCCUCACUGUCAGGAGGAAGGCAGCCUGCCAACGAUUCCUGCCACCCAGGAGCCUGCGUGAAAGGCGCGGAGUGGUCAGUGUCCCCGACGACCUCGCAGCAGCGAACCCGAUGAGAGGUUUCCAGGGGCCGGGCCCUGUCUGCUCGUCUGUCAAAGGUGAACGAUGCGCACCUUCCUGGGCUGUUGAGAACUAGACCAGGGCCUGGCAGACAGUAAGCCCCCAACGAACGUUCCUUUCUUCACUUUCCCUCCUUCCCCGUCCCACAGCACUGGUGCCUCACUCACUGUCUCCGGGACGCCACGGAACACUCACACCAUGUGAUUCGGCACAGGUACUCAGGCCGCGGGCCAGCUCAGGGAGAGAUUCGGGCGCUCCAGCCGGGAAUGGGCAGCCGUGGACCCUGACGUGAAGAAGCUCACAGAGGAGGAGAGAAGCGGGGCUGGCAAACAGACAAGGCAACACGGCAUGCUGAUUUAACUUUCAACUUGCUGAAGAUAAAAAGGGAAGAAAGAAAAAAAGGAAACUACCCCCAAGGAACCUCAGCCUUGGGGUAGAGCCCAGGCUUCCUGAUGACUUGCUGUGUGACCGUGGGCGUGUCACACACCCUCUCUGUGCCUCGUCUCCCAUCCACAGAACUCGGCCUGGACUUGGUGUGCUCUGAGGGCCCCUAACGCUGACAAUUGAUGGUGUCCUCCUCCAGCCUCCAUUAGAAGCUCAAACUAGUCCCAAUCAUAUGACCAGCCACAAAAAUGGGGUUUAUUAAGACCUACUGUGUGCAAGCAGUCCUGUGGAUGCAUCAAGGUACCAGGUCUGGCCGUGGCAGCUGCUGGCACAGAAAAUGGAAUUUGAGCCUGGAGAAGGCGGUUUUGGAUCCUGGGACCCACGUUAUGGGCUGUGGGGUCUAGGGAGUAUCAUUUAGCUUCUCUGAGCCUCAGAGACCUCAUCUAUAACGUGGGCAUCAUGCUGGGACCCACCUCGUGGGGAUGCUGCAGGAAGCAGGAUUGGAACUCAGGCCUGCCCAACCCCACCACCUCCGGAUCCCCAGCUCUGCCCCCACGGGCUGCACAUUCUUCAGCAUCAACGCCUCCCCGGGGGUGGUUGUGGAUGUUGCCCACAGCCCUCCAGCCAAGAAGAAUCCCACAGGUUCCUCCAAGUGGCCCCUGGACCCCCGGCUGGAGGUGAGCCUGAAGAUGAGGGCUGCCAGCAGCAGCAUGGGUGACCAGAAGGUUCAGAUUUCAUACUACGGACCCCAGACCAACCCAGUCCAUGCACUGCUCUACCUCACCGGGGUGGAAAUCACCUUGAGCGCGGACAUCGCCCGCACCGGCAAAGUGAAGCCCACCAGAGCCGGGAAGAACCAGAGCACCUGGACCUGGGGCCCCCGCGGGCAAGGCGCCAUCCUACUGGUGAACUGUGACAGGGACAACCCCCACACCUCCGCCAUGGACUGCACAGAUGACCACGUGCUUGACGGAGCAGACGUGCAGGACAUGUCCCUGGUGACGCUGAGCACGCGGACGCCCCGGGACUUCUUCUCCAAGCACCAGCUGGUGCUCCACGUGGCCAAGUCCGAGAUGGACAAAGUCCGAGUAUUCCAGGCCAGCCGGGACAAACAGCACUCGGGGUACCAGGUGAUCCUGGGGCCCCAGCAGCCCUCACACCUCCUGGAGCUCCCGGACGGCCAGCACAGCACAGACUUCUACGUGGAGGGCCUCACUUUCCCAGACGCCAACUUCCCGGGCCUCAUUGUCCUCACCAUCUCCCUGCUCAGCACGGACAACCCGGAGCUCCCCAAGACCCUGGUGUUCCAAGACAGUGUGGCUUUCCGUGUGGCCCCCUGGAUCAUGACCCCCAAUACUCAGCCCCCGAAGGAGGUGUAUGUGUGCAGGAUAUUUGAAAACGAGGACUUUGUGAAGUCAUUGACCGCUCUGGCCAAGAAAGCCAGGUGCAAGCUGACUGUGUGCCCCUUGGAGGAGAGCAUGGAGGACCAGUGGAUGCAGGAUGAAAUCGAGAUCGGCUACAUCCAAGCCCCGCACAAGGCACUGCCCGUCGUCUUCGACUCUCCGAGGAACAGGGGCCUGAAGGAGUUCCCGGUCAAGUGCCUGCUGGGUCCAGAUUUUGGCUACGUGACUCGAGGGCCCCAAACAGGGGGCGUUACCGACCUCGACUCCUUUGGGAACCUGGAAGUGAGCCCCCCAGUCACAGUUGGGAAGAAGAAGUACCCGCUGGGCAGGAUUCUCAUUGGGCACAGCAGUUACCCAAGCGCCAAGAGCCAGGAGAUGCACCAGGCCCUGCAGGACUUCCUCGCUGCCCAGCAGGUGCAGGCCCCUGUGAAACUCUACUCCGACUGGCUGUACGUGGGCCACGUGGACGAAUUCCUGAGCUUCGUCCCUGCGCACAAGGGCUUCCGGCUGCUCCUGGCCAGCCCCCGGUCCUGCUACAAACUGUUCCAGGAGCAGCUGAAGGAGGGCCAUGGGGAGGCUGUGCUGUUCGAGGGGGUCAAGAACAAGAGGCAGCAGAAAAUGAAGGACAUUCUGUCAAACAAGAGACUGAGAGAACAUAACUCCUAUGUGGAGAGCUGCAUCGACUGGAACCGGGAGGUGCUGAAGCGGGAGCUGGGCCUGCGGGAGCGGGACAUCGUGGACAUCCCCCAGCUCUUCAAGCUCCGCACGGACUUCACCGGGACCCCCAAGGCCGAGGCCCUUUUCCCAAACAUGGUGAACAUGCUGGUGCUGGGCAAGUACCUGGGCAUCCCCAAGCCCUUCGGGCCCAUCAUCAACGGCCGCUGCUGCCUGGAGGAGAAGGUGCGGUCGCUGCUGGAGCCGCUGGGCCUCCACUGCACCUUCAUCGACGACUUCACCCCGUACCACCUUCAGCACGGGGAGGUGCACUGCGGGACCAACGUGCGCCGGCAGCCCUUCUCCUUCAAGUGGUGGCACAUGGUGCCCUGAGGCUGUCCCCUGGGAGCCCUCUCCCUUGGGAAGCUCCUGGCCAGAGGCUCUGGUCCCCUGCAGUGUGGCAUAGCAAGAGUUCUCGGGGACACGUUGGCUCCCCAGGGGGAGGCCCCCCUCCAGGCAGUGGCUUGCUUCUGUCCUCUGUGUCCCCUCUGAAGAUCCCAAGACGGUCCUGGCAUUGCAAACUCAGUUCUGCUGUGAGAAGCUGCAAUAAAGUUUCAUAAUCAUCACUUUGUACAUGAAGUCAAGCGACCAUUCAUUCACUCUCACUCGCUGUCAUGGUUGAACCGAACAUUGCAAACUUGAAGGCCGGUGUUCCUGCCUGCGCCGGAGAAUUGGAUGCCAUUCAUGUUGUGCUUUGGGGAAAAGGCAGCAGAUGGGUGAUGCAAGAGCCCAAAGGGGACAUAGGGUUUGACUGUGUGUCAGUGAGCCCAGGGGUUAGCGAAUCUGGCUGUCCUCCCUCGAUCGUUUCAGUCCUCCAGCUUGAAAGCCCCUGAAGCAGGGGCUCUUGCUGCUGCUUCGCCAAGGACCACCUAGCAGGGUAGGGUGCACAGUAGGAGCCCCGGGUGAUUGUGGGAUGGAUUCAUUAGUCCCUUCUUCUGUGUCCUUUUUGCAUAUUUCUUUGUAUGGCCCUGACAUGGGGACAUAGAUUCCGCAAUAGGAAAUAAAACAUGACGACCUGA